AUUCGUUCUUCUCCAUUCUCCAAGUCGCUUUCUUUCAUCCCUCAACCGCUUCGCCUGGUCAUAGAUGGCGUUCCACCACGCACGGAGUCAUCCCCCCUUUCCCCAGCCUCCAGCCGCAGCACCCUCCCCGGUCACACCAGCCUACUGGGCUGACCGAAUUAGGUCGACGAUGAGAAGCACCAUCGGAUUGGCAACUCCCCCGGAGCCGCGCUCAAGAAACGCUUGGUCGUUCCCCUCGCCUGACUCCUUCGGAAGCAGGCGAUACGAUUGGGAACAGCCAUUCAAUCCCUCUGAAAGCCAAGCAUUGGAUCGGCCCGGCAUUGCAGAGGUAUCCAACCCACCAUUCCACCCUGGCAUUCGAUUGCACACGCUCCCUCCAUAUCCGCCGCAGUCAGUGUUUGAGCUCGUUCCUACCCAUGGAAAGACGGUGUUCAUACUGGGACGGAAUCCUAGUGAACGAGAUGCGGAACGAAGCAGAUCGAAUGGAGGCUCUGACAACAGUGAUGGAGAUGCCGAGAUUGUGACCAUGCAUUCCAGAGUCGUCAGCAAGAAGCACGCUCGUAUCGAGUUCACUGAGGAUGAGGUAUACAUUACAGACCUUGAAUCAACCCAUGGCACCUGGGUUCUUCGAGAUGGCAGCACUGAUCACUUUCUUGGCAAUGACGUUCCUUUUGCGCUGAAGGACAGAGACGAAAUCCGGAUCGGCCGACGAGUACACGGUUACCCGGCGGUUCAUCUUGUCGUCGAGAUGCUCGGGAACCAUCCACGCAUUGCAUCUAUCGCAUCAGGUAGGCUGAGCAAGCCUUUGACUCCUAAUAACGGGACUCCUUUGACCCCGCCGGCAACCAGGCGUAGAAGCACAAACUCGUUCCGUGCGCCCGACUUCUCUGACAUGGACCUCUCCUCUCGUUCCACUUCUCCUUCUCCUGCUUCCACUCCCGUUCCUUCAUUUGCUCCUGGUCUUCGGUCGCCUAUCAUUCUCGACCACGCAUUACCACCACUCGCGAACGAGACUCAUUCUUCAAUACAGAACGCUCCUAGUCUCAUGGCAUUUGCAGACACCGUUAGGGACGAGCUGCAGGGUUCUCUUUUACCGUCCAAUGAAGCCCUCAGAGAACCAAUAAAUGGACCACUCGAUGAGGAUGAAGUGCCGGCCAUUCCGCAUCGAGAUCCACGUCCAUACGAAUAUGUCAUGAAUUCCUCCGUCUUGAACAGACUCGCUGUAGACGAGACCCAGCUUCCGUCCCCUCCUAUUGCGAUUGGAGCGCAGCCUGCGGUGGCUUCAGUAGAGGAACUUUCGGCUGAAGUUCUUCCUCUCAUUAACGAGCUCGAGUCAAUGCUACCUUCCGAGCCCGGCCCUACCGUUCCUUCCUGUCAAUCCAUGUCCACACCACACUCCCCAGCACCCGACGCAAGUCACGUGCAUAGUCCCACCAUCCUUGUUCCGGAGACUGCCAUUGAGUUGCGGACCUUGAGCCAGUUCGAAGAACAUUCUGGGCAUGAUCAAUUCUUGGACAAUGUGGAAAUCACUACAGAAAGCAUUCGAGCACCUCUUGCGUCCGAAAUUCCCCCAACAGUUCUGGAACCAAUCAACUCUGCCAGCGCGUCGAACAAGAGUUUCACUCGACUUCUCACGGAUAAUGCAUCGCAAUCCGUUGCAACAAACUCGGUCGAGGUACUAGACGAUCCCUUAACUAUGUCAUCGGAUGCCUACGUUCGAAGGCAAUUGGUGAGCGGGACCGAGCAUCACGGUAAUCGGGAAGGUACUCGCGACCGUGACAUGGAUGGACGCGUGCGGGAAUUAUCCACCCUUCUCAAUGAGCUUCGUGAACAGACGGCUCAAAAUAUCGAGACUAAGGAUAAAUGGAAGAAAGUGGAUGGGAUUAUGCGCGAAUUACGUCAUGUUGGGAUUAGCGACGGGACGUUUGACAAGAGUCGUAAGCGCAAGAGACUGGACGAGAAUAACCUGGCAGACAAUCAGGAUGAGAAUGAUCGACAAGGGAUCGAACCUGAGGCCCGCUCUUCCCAAGGGAUGGUGACGAACACAAAGGCCGCGAAAGAUGCCGUAGGCGACACUCGUCCUGCCAAGCGGCGUCGAUCCUUCGCCCCAUCCAGCACCGCUCUAGCCUUCGUUGCUGGUGGUGCAGCGGUCUGGAUCGCGCUUGGCGUGGAUUAUGGGAUAUAAGCAGGUGCAAGACUGGCCGUGUACAAUUGCAAUUUCUGCUUGACAUCGCAUUUCCGUUGUAUAUGAAGCAAACCUGUGGCGUCGAGAUAUAUAUGAGGGAGGUUACAAUGAUAGCUACCUCUUAUUCUUCAUCGCAAAUGACAGCUGUAGUGACUCAGCACAUCUACAGAAAUGUUAAAGGCUUGUUGUAUUCC